AUGUUCAAUGUGAAAGCACUGCUAGUAUGUGCAACCGUUUUCCAUUCAUAUGAUCCUGGUUACAACCUUCGAAUGGAACAUACUCAUUGUUAUUCUGAUCACAAUGAUGGCGGUCAUUAUCACACCGACACUACUCCUGAUACGGUUGUCUAUGAGGGAUGGUUCACAGCUGUAGAGAAAGUCUAUGGAUCCGAUCAAGUUUAG